AUGCCUCGCCGUGAAGCCUCCCCCGCUGAGUCAGAGAACGAGUUCGACAUUACCAGCGCUCUCUUCCAGGGUGACAGCGACUCCGACUCCGGCGCUAAGCCCCAGGCUCGCCAAAAGAACCAGAAGCCUACUCCCCAGCAAGAUCUUGAUUUCCUCGGAUCAGAUGAUGAUGGGGAUGCAGCCUUCAUUGCAGGCAAGCAGGCCUCUGCCAACCGAAAGGGAUCAAGUUUGAAAGGUCGCACCGUGAAGAAGGGUGGUGGUUUCCAGGCAAUGGGCCUCAGCAUGAGCCUGCUCAAGGCCAUUUCCCGAAAGGGCUUUUCCGUGCCUACUCCGAUUCAGCGCAAGACUAUUCCCGUGAUUAUGGAUGACAAGGAUGUCGUGGGUAUGGCUCGUACUGGCUCCGGAAAGACUGCGUCGUUCGUUAUUCCCAUGAUUGAGAAGUUGAAGAGCCACAGCACUGCGUUCGGUGCCCGUGCUCUGAUCAUGUCCCCGUCUCGUGAACUGGCUUUGCAGACUAUGAAGGUUGUCAAGGAAAUGGGACGUGGAACCGAUUUGAAGACUGUGCUCCUGGUCGGUGGUGACAGUCUGGAGGACCAGUUCGGAAUGAUGGCCAACAACCCCGAUAUUGUCAUCGCUACACCUGGUCGAUUCUUGCACUUGAAGGUUGAAAUGGAUCUUGACCUGUCCAGUAUCAAGUAUGUCGUGUUUGAUGAAGCCGAUCGACUUUUCGAAUUGGGGUUCGAAGCCCAGCUUAACGAGAUUAUGCACGGAUUGGCUGCUACCCGUCAGACUCUUCUCUUCUCCGCUACAUUGCCCAAGUCCCUUGUGGAAUUCGCCCGCGCUGGUCUCCAAGAGCCCAGUCUGAUCCGUCUCGAUACGGAAAACAAGAUCUCCCCUGAUCUACAAAACGCAUUCUUCGGUGUCAAGUCAUCGGACAAGGAGGGUGCCCUGCUACACAUUCUGCACGACGUCAUCCAAAUGCCCACCGGACAGACCGAAAUUGGCCACAUGCUCGAGCAAGAACGAUUGAACCCGACACGCAAGCGCAAGAGGUCUGACGUGCGCAGGCCCAGCGGAUUCAAGGAGUCACCGACUAAACACUCCACUAUUGUGUUCGCCGCCACCAAGCACCACGUUGACUAUCUUUACUCUCUUUUGCUCGAGGCAGGAUUCGCCACCUCGUACGCGUACGGUUCCCUUGAUCAGACGGCUCGUAAGGAGCAAGUUCAGAACUUCCGAUCCGGUAUUUCGAAUAUCCUAGUCGUUACCGAUGUCGCCGCUCGUGGUAUCGAUAUUCCCGUCCUUGCUAACGUCAUCAACUACGACUUCCCCUCACAACCUAAGAUCUUCAUUCACCGUGUUGGUCGUACUGCUCGAGCUGGUCAAAAGGGUUGGAGUUACAGUCUUGUUCGCGAUGCCGAUACCCCCUACCUCUUGGAUCUUCAGCUGUUCUUGGGACGUCGUUUGGUGGUUGGCCGCCAGUAUGGUACCAACGUGAACUUUGCUGAAGACGUAGUGGUGGGCACGUUGUCUCGCGACGCGUUGUCUCGCCAUUGUGAAUGGGUCAACAAGGUUCUGGAGGACGAUACGGAUAUCUACUCCCAGCGACAGGUGGCCGGGAAGGGAGAGAAGCUUUACCUGCGCACCCGUAACUCAGCUUCUGCAGAAAGUGCGAAGCGUUCCAAGGAGGUCGUCGGCUCUGACAACUGGGCUGCAAUCCACCCUCUCUUCAAUGAUAAAACAAGCGAACUAGAGAACGAGCGCGAGAAUAUGCUCGCCCGCAUUGGUGGAUACCGUCCCCAGGAAACUAUCUUUGAAGCGAACAACCGCAGAGGCGGAAAGACCGACGAUAACGUUGCCGUCGAUACCAUCCGACGAAUUCGUACAUCUGUCGAGACUAAGAGAAAGCGCGCCGAUGCUAAAGCCGAGGCUGAACUUUCCGCACUUGGCAUGCCUACUGGCGAGGAUGGUGAGGUGCAAGAUGAAGAUAUGCCCGACCAGCCUGGUGAGAACAUGGAGGAGGCAUCCGAUGACGAGCUCGAAGUCACCUUCGGCUCCUACAACCAAAAGAACACCGACUCUGGACCCAAGAACCCUCUUGCCUCAUUCCAGAACCCUGACUAUUUCAUGGGCUACAAGCCUAACAACAACGACAUGGCCGAAGACAAGGCUUACGGUGUGCACUCCGGUACCAACUCCAACUUCGCCCACGAAUCCCGCAGCGCAACCAUGGACCUGAACGGCGACGAAGGCAAACGCGGUUUCGCUGAGCCCCGCACAAUGAUGCGUUGGGAUAAGCGACACAAGAAGUACGUCGCUCGUCAGAACGACGAGGACGGAUCCAAGGGAACACGUCUUGUGCGCGGAGAGAGUGGAGCCAAGAUUGCGGCCAGCUUCCGUAGCGGUCGCUUCCAGGCCUGGCAAAAGGGCAAGCGGGCCGACCGCCUGCCCCGCGUUGGUGAGGCCGAAAAACCUGGCAGCAUGAACCAGAUCAACUCUCGUCACGCCACUGGUCGCUUCCGUCACAACCAGGACCGGGCGCCUAAGCGUGCUGAUCCCCUGCGCGGAGACUUUGAUAAGAUGAAGAAGAAGAACGAUGCCGCGCGGGAACGUCAAUUCGACAAGAUGGGUGGUGCCGCAUACGGUGGAAAGAGCGAGAUCCGGUCUACGGAUGAUAUUCGCAAGGCGCGUAAGCAGAAGCAACAGCGCCGCGAUAAGAAUGCCCGGCCGACCAAGAAGGGAAGAAGAUGA